AUGAUGGAGAACAAUAAGUUACAGGAUUUGACACAUCAAGUUGAUGGAUCGGAUGAUGAAACAACACCUAAUGAUCAAUUAAAUGAUGCAGUUGAAGCUGCUGUUAUGAAAAUUGUUAAUGGUACUUUUGAUACAGAUGUUGUUGGCAAUAAAAAGAAGAGAAAACAUUCUGGUGAAGAUGAUGUCGAUGACGAUUAUGAGUUUGCUCAAUGGACUGGAUUUUUAGAUGAUAAAUUUAUGAAUGCUAGUUCUGUUGUUGAGGAACAACAAGAAGAAGAACCCGUCCCUAAAAAGAAGAAAAAGUCAGAUAAAUCGGAUAAAAAGAAAAAGAAGAAGAAAAAGAAAGACAAGAAGAAACAUCAUGAUCAAGAUGAAGAAGAUAAAGUCGACGUUCAAGAUUCAGUGUUGGAAUUGGUAGCUCAGGAUGUUGAACAACUUAAAGAUGCUUUAGAAAUCGCUGAAGAACACCCAGAUUCGGGAUCAGCAGGAGAAGGAGAAGAAGAUGAAUAUGACGAUGAUGAUAAUGAUAAUGAUGAUAAUGAAGAGGAAGAAGUUCAAUCUAUAGAGCCUGUUACUGAACCAUUGCCUGAAGCAACAGCUAAACGUGGUAGACGAACUAGAGCUCCUAAAGGAACUCGUAAAAAAAGUGAACCAAAAAAACCACUCGAGCUUCCUGAAUUGGAUUAUUCUGCACUCACAAAUGUUGAUGCUUUAGUUCAUGAAGUUAGCACUAAAACCACUGAAUGGUUUGAAGAAAAUGUAACCCCUGAAGAGAGAAACAAACCUCGUCCAUUUUCGCCAAAAGAGGAAGAGUUGGUGGCUUAUUAUUUUGGAGGAUACUGUUAUCUUAAUGGUAUGACACGAGAUGAACUUUGUGCAAGAGUUUGGUCAGCCGAAAGGAAAAAUGAUCACUUUUGGAAAAGAAUAUAUCAGGCAUUCCCUUAUAGAACAAGAUCUUCAGUUUACAAACAUAUCCGAAGAAAAUUCCAUGUUUUUGAUGUGAGGGCUAUUUGGACUCCAGAAGAGGAUAAGAAAUUAGAUGAAUUGGCGUUACAACAUAAUAACAACUGGAAACUAAUUGGUGAGAUCUUGGGAAGAAUGUCUGAAGAUUGUCGUGAUCGAUGGAGAAAUUAUGUCAAAUGUGGUCCUAAAAGAACAAAAAAUGCAUGGUCACAAGAAGAAGAGGAUCAAUUGAUUAAAAUAGUCACUGAAAUUAUGACACAAUUAACAAACACACAAGUUGUUGAUACAGAAAAUCAAUUGAAAAAUAUAAACUGGACAGUUGUGAGUGAGAAAAUGAAUGGAUUAAGAUCUCGUAUCCAAUGUCGAUACAAAUGGAAAAGGAUUGCUAAUGACGAAGUCAAGCAUCGUGUUAGUAAAAUGCCAGAUUCUACAAUUGAUUGGUUACUUCGAAAGAUAAAAUCAAUCGGGUAUAAAUCUCCUAAUGGUAUUGAUUGGGAUGGUGUAACACAACAUUAUUUCCGAGACCAUACCGAAGAGGAAAUAGCACAAGAUCCUUACAAAUGGGGGUCAUUUGAUUUUAAAGAGAUUAUGGAUCAAAUACGUAAGCAGCACAAGGAUGAAAAUUUUGGUGAUAUGAUAGAUCAAUUGACGGGCGGUUCAGAGUAUCCACAACCAGAUGAAUAUUCGUUAUUACGUAACACCAAGUAA